AUGGCAAGAACCAAGCAGACCGCUCGUAAGUCCACCGGUGGUAAGGCGCCGAGGAAGCAGCUCGCCACUAAGGCUGCCCGCAAGAGCGCCCCGGCUACCGGCGGUGUGAAGAAACCUCACCGUUACAGGCCAGGUACCGUGGCUCUGCGUGAAAUCCGCCGUUAUCAGAAGUCCACUGAGCUGCUCAUCCGCAAGCUGCCCUUCCAGCGCCUGGUUAGAGAGAUCGCUCAGGACUUUAAGACCGAUCUGCGCUUCCAGAGUUCUGCCGUCAUGGCUCUGCAGGAGGCCAGUGAGGCUUACCUGGUCGGUCUGUUCGAGGACACCAACCUGUGCGCCAUCCAUGCCAAGAGGGUGACCAUCAUGCCUAAGGACAUCCAGCUGGCCCGCCGUAUUCGCGGAGAGCGUGCUUAAACAAACCCACUCCAUCCAGUUAU